UUGAUGAGCCCAAUGUGUCUCGGGUUUAGUUAGCUAAUUUCAUGUUCUAGUAAACGAGCACUGUCAUUUUAAAAUGUGGUCCAUACUACAUAUCACCUCAUUUGUCGCUUAUGCGACCGCUUUUUCUUCCUUAUCGAAGAGAUCUGUCCCUGACGAAUCGACACCGGCCAGAGAAUUGGAAGUUCGCCUGUCUAGAAGUUUCGCUCCUUACGCAGGUCAAGUGAUCGUUUAUCAUCAAGGGGUCUGGGGCACAGUUUGCGACAACGGUUGGGACGAGAACGAUGCCGCAGUUGUGUGCCGGGAAUUAGGCUAUCCUGGUGUAACCAUGGCAACUAAGGGCACUUUUUACAGAUAUGGUUCAGUGGGAACAAUUAAUAUCGAAUUGGUGGGUUGCUAUGGCAACGAGACGAAAUUGAGUCAAUGUUCAUAUACGACUUCCGCUGAGCAGUCAGUUUGUAGAACUGAAUGGCGGCGGAAUGAGGCGGGGGUGAUCUGUCAAGCCGGGAACAACACAGAUGUCAAAGAUAUUCCAAAGCUUCGCCUGUCUGCUCAUCCCGACUGGGAGGGGUCUGGACUGGUGGAAGUGUUCAUUAACGGCCAGUGGGGAAGGGUGUGCCACCACCAGUGGGGUUCCCUGGAUGCUGAAGUAGUUUGCCGUCAGCUCGGAUUUCCCGGUGCAGAAAGGUCAACUUGUUGCGGGUUGUACUUCGGGAGGGGUUCUGGACCUCCGCUUAUGACGUAUGUACGGUGUACUGGAAAGGAAAGCUCGAUAUUUCACUGCCCCCACUACUUGGGAAAGGGAUCGUGUGGAAGACGGCAGACUGCAGGAGUCGUAUGCAAACUAGAUAAACCAAAUGUUCGCUUAGUGGGAUCUCCUCUUGCGCAUGCGGGUUUUGUACAGAUCCGCCAUUAUGGCCGCUGGGGGUCAUUCUGUGACUGGUCCUGGGGACUAACGCAAGGCCACGUGGUGUGUCGAGAAUUGGGUUAUCGCAGAGCCCUUUUCACUACUUUUGGUGAAUUAUUUGAACAGCAGUCUGGGUACCUGUGGGUAGAGGAAGCACAAUGUACCGGAAAUGAGUCAUCCAUCUUUCGCUGCGAUUUGACAUACAUCCGGAACAGCGAUGAAGCAUGGGGCUGUGAUCAUAGUCACGAAGGCGGAGUAAUCUGCGAGUCCAGUAAAGAACCCGGAUUGAACACAACAGCGGACGUUAGGUUGUAUGGUAGCAACUCCACCCACAUGGGAAGGGUGGAAAUAAAACAGCACGGUUUCUGGCACGCUGUGUGCAGUAUUGGCUGGGACAAACACGACGCUGAUGUAGUUUGUCGUCAGCUGGGAUUCCCGGAGGCUGUGGUGGAGGUUGGACACGGUCAGUUUGGUUCUGGCUCUGGACCAAUGUGGCUGACCAGUGUCGGUUGCCAGGGAAACGAGACAUCGUUAGAUAAAUGUGUGAGCGCAGGAUGGGAGCUCGAGACGGAUUGUGGGAAGAGAUAUGGCGCCGGAGUGAUAUGCAAAAUGGACAACAUUACAGGAGAUGGUGAAGUACGACUUCACGGAUCCAACCAAGCAAACGAAGGCCGAGUGGAAAUUAAAUUAGGAGGAGUCUGGGGAACAAUAUCCUAUAAGGACUGGGAUAUACGUGACGGUCACGUGGUAUGUCGUCAGCUUGGAUACCGUCGGGCUGUGCGCGUGUACUCGCAUUCCAGGUAUGGCAAAGGUGAUUCCAUUUGGUUGAGUGAUCUGCAGUGCACAGGACACGAGAGAAAUCUUUUAGAAUGUCCGCGUGAGUUAAACUUCGACCUCUACGCGUCCUUUCAAAACGCCGGAGUUGAAUGCACGAACGAUACCAACUAUACAAGUGAGGUGGAGGUUCGUUUGUUCGGAAUGGACACAUCACACGCAGGUCACGUGCAAGUCAAGUAUAAUGGCACGUGGGGAACGAUUUGUGCGGUGCCAGAUUUGACAUACCGGUCAGCGGAGGUGAUAUGUCGUCAGCUGCGCCAGGGACCUCCAGUAAAGCACAAGUUCUCAAACAAUGAGUGUACAGCGACCAAUCACGGAGCAGAAAGAGUGUGGCUGUCUGACUUGAACUGCCAGGGAUAUGAAGAGUCCAUUGAUGAAUGUCCUCACAGAGGCUGGGGAAUAAUGGACCCAGAAUACUGUAGAGGAUGCACGCCUAAAUAUUGCAGUGUUUGCUUGAUUUGUCAGCCAAUGGACGCUAAUGUUACAGACAUCGCAUUGCGACUUGCUGGUUCCAAUCUGCCCUACGCCGGCCGUGUAGAGGUCCGUUAUGCGGGAGUCUGGGGUGUAAUAUGUCCCCGUCACAUGAAUGGCACUGUGUUUAAGGUAAUUUGUCGCCAACUGGGCUUUACUGACGUGUUGGGUGAUGAAAGAGUGUACCGCAGACUCCAGCAUCCAUACAGAAAUUUACGACUCUAUGGGGAAGGAAAUGGACCAGUUUGGCUAAACAGAGUUCGCUGCCAUGGCAACGAAAGCAGUCUUUCUCAAUGCCAAAUUGACAAUCCAGGAGAAAGGUUGUGGUGCAAUCACGAUGAGGCGUUGGAAUUGAUGUGCAGACCAAGGAAUUUUACUCCACCAUACCCUAUCCGCUUGGCUGGAUCGUCUGUGUCACACGCUGGUCUGGUUGAAGUUUUCUACAAUGGCAGCUGGGGCACUGUGUGCAGUGGAGUUCGAGAUUGGGAUUUCUCUACUCCAAACGCACUUGUCGUGUGUAGACAGCUUGGAUUCGGUCCAGCUAUCAGAUCGUCUACUAGCUGGCUAGCCCCAGAGUUUUCCAACUGUCCGUCAAGAGAACACGCCACAGGGGCUGUCUGGCUGACAGAUGUCCAGUGCCGGGGAAAUGAAAGUUCCAUUGACCAGUGUCCCCAUUCAGAGUGGGGUGUGGCAAAGGGUGGUUGUGACCGCCACACCUUCGACGCAUGCCUGGUGUGCGAUAACCCACAGUAUCAUAAAUCUGAAAUUGCUGUGAAACUAAGUGGUUCUGAAGCACCUUACGCCGGCCGCGUUAAAGUACGCUACCAAGGGGUCUGGGGUACACUAUGUAGCAAUGACUGGAAACCGGAAACCGCUGAAGUGUUGUGCCGUCAGCUCGGAUAUGAUGACGUUGAGCUGGACUUCACUUUGUACAACGAAGACGAGUACCUUCCAAUGGAAGUGUAUAACGUGGUCCUGGGCCCAGUGUGGUUUAACAGUGACGGAUGCAGUGGCCACGAAAAAACUUUGUCCGAGUGUAAUCUCCGACAGGAAAUGUUUUGUAGCAACGACAAUGUGGAACUAAUCUGCAAAGUUGAAAAUGUUUCUGUUAAUGAGUUUGCAGUGCGACUCCAUGGUGGGAACCUUUCCAACGAGGGCCGGGUGGAGGUUUUCUAUGGUGGCCUUUGGGGCACAAUCAGCGCCAAGAAAUGGGACCUAGCAGACGCCCUGGUACUUUGUCGUCAGCUUGGUUUCACAAAAGCCCAUGGAACGUACAAUAAAAGACCCAAUGACAAACGUGUUAUUUGGUUUACUGAUUUUGAAUGCCAAGGAAGUGAGGCAACAUUGGGACAAUGCAAGCACAAUCUACUGGCCAGGGCCUUCUUGUCUGACGACGAACCUUUAGACGUUUUUGCACGUUGCGGAGAAGACAUGGAAAGCAAAACAGGUCCGACAGUAACAAGCUUAAGAAUCAACAUCCCAAGGGCCUCCCCCACAGCAACACCUAAACUUCCGGCUGCCAGUUCAGAGAUAGGGUCGACAACAACAUUUUCAGCUGCCACGACGUCUUCAACAGAACUCCAACCUUCUCAGACUUUCACCACUCAAGGACCCUCGUCUACCUCGGCCCCAAGUACAGCCGGCCCUCCAGAUAAGUGCCCCAACACAAUGUGCCAGAAUGGUGGUUCUUGUGAGCGGCUGAAAACAACGUGGAAAUGUUCCUGCUUUGAGAACUUUGCGGGUGAAUAUUGUGAAGUUUAUGUUGGUUCCAAUGCGGUUUCUGUCGUCUUAAAAAUGAAUCGGGAUCAAUGGAAUCCUAUGGAGUUUAAAAAGACUCUUGCUGAGAUCCUAACAAGCCACUGUAGUUUGAACCCAUGUCUUGACGACGAAAAGCAGAACACGAAAAGAAAAAGCCAAAAAAAGUCUCUCAGUUUCCAACCCGAUGACAUCAUUAUUCUGCAAGAUUACCCCAAAUCAUGGGAGGGAACGAGUCUGUUAAAUGUCAGACUAGCUGUUAAGACCCCGGACGAAAGCGAAAAUGACGUUAUUCCUCAUGAUAUUUUGAGUGCGUUAAUGGUGAACGUGGCGCCGGAAAUCCAUCGACGAAUGGGACAUGGCGUCGUUUUUAUCGAGCGGGUGGAAGUCGGGUCGCGCCAGGCUUCCUCGGCUCCACCCGAAGCGUUCGGUGGCAACUCAGAUGAACCUAACUCGGGGACGUCACACAAGUACGCCCUGAUAGUCCUCGGUGUUGUUCUUGGAGUUGUAUGUCUGGUCGCCAUUAUCAUCAUCGUCUUCUAUCGUCGGAAAAAGAAACGGGAGAAGACGUCAUUGAGGGAGAACAGAUUGGACGAGAAACCCGCGGAAAGUAUUCGACUGAUGGCUAUUUAAAUGGCCACGAUGUGUCACUCCUUAGUCAUAAUUUAUGCUUUUCAUUUUGGUAUCAAACGUUUUUCAAGUAACAGAACGCUCGCUGAAAUCACUUUCCUGAUUAUCUCAACGUAUAAUACAACGAGUCACAGAUUCGCUAGGACUCACGAUAACGACCCCUCCCCCUCCCCCCACGAAAAUGAGACAUGUAAAAAGUGAAAUAGUUUCAUCAUCAGGUUGCAAAGGAUGCUUGCUUAUUAAUAAAAUCGAUAGAAAAAUUCA